CCUAGAUUUGGAAUUCCACACUAAAGUCAUCAUGGGCAUCUUCCAGAGAUUGUCGAAAAAUAAGGAACUCAUUCCUUUGGCGUUUAUCAUAUCCGCGGCGGCCAUUGGAGCUUCAUCUUUCUCUAUGUAUGCUUUGAAAAAAACCGACGUGGUUAUUGAUCGGAAAAGAAACCCAGAACCUUGGGAAAUGGUGGAUCCUACUCAACCCCAAAAGCUUAUAACCAUCAACCAGCAAUGGAAGCCUGUGGAAGAGCUGCAGAAAGUCCGGAGGGCAACCAGAUGAUGGUCCUCUGCUCCUUCCUUCCGAAGAAUACUCUAUGAAUCUAGCGGAAACACUUCAGCACAAACUAGAUUUUGAUACCAGUGUGCGGAAAUGCUUCUGCUACGAUUUUAGGGUUUGCCUGCAUUCUUUGGAUCCUGUGUAAGCAAUUGAAGGUAGCACAUAGUCUGAAAUAGU